UUGUCGCACACUUAGAAAUACGAUAACUACGAGAUACUAUCUCUGCUGUACCUGGUACUUGCUACUCGAAAAAGAGCUUUGGUUAUCGGAACCAGCCUAACCAACAUUUUAUUGCAUAUAAAACGCGGGAAAGAAAGUUCUGGAAAAACCACGCAUUCCCGUUUCUCUCGUUUCCUCCGAAUCACGAUCUCGCAACCGCCUUUCAAGGUUGAACGAACAAAACCCUAGAAUUAUCUUGAGGAAGUGAAGUCAGCGUUACCUAAAAUGGAAUCUCAAAAUAGCAAACCUGAAUCAGGACUGCCGCCAACUCCUGUAAAUCCAGUCAGCACUUCUUGUCGAAAGAAAAAGUCAGACGAUGCCAGUUUCUUUGCAGAUUUAAGGGAUCAUAUUGAUGAGUUUGUGAAUGCUUCUAUGGACGAACACAAAACUUGUUUCAAAAACACCAUUCAGAAGAUGUUUGGAAUGUCGAAGGCUGUUGCGGAAAAGAAUAUAGUUGCCAAAGAAGUUGAGAGUGUUCUGCCCCUUAAAACAACUCUAUCCGACUAAAGAAAUCUCUCCCAGUUAAUAUAGUUACAGAUUUGGGGUCAGGUUUAUUGUUGCACUGCAGAUGGUGGUAUGUAUGCAUCAUCUAGUUUUAUCCACUUUUUUAGCUUAAUUUCUGUACUUUUUAGUUCUAGAGUUACGGUCUCGGAAGCUUACAGGCCUCGACCAAAUAAAUGUGGAAAUAUAUAGUUGUGCUUGUAAUGUGAUUCACCUAGAAGGUAGAAACGUUGGAAUGAGUUUGUCAAGACACCAAUGCGUAGCAAUUUUGAAUGGUCCAACACAGAAAGCUCUUUACUUUC